AUGAAGCUCACCGGUUUCUCUGCAGCGCUCGUUCUAGCGGGCUCUGCUGCGGCCUCUCCCCUCGUCCAUCGUGGUUUGCCCAAAUAUGGAGUUCCUGAAUCCUCAACUCCAUCAACCCCAGCGACCGAGCCGAGUAGCGCUGAUCCUACUCUCACACCUAUAGUUACACCAACGGUUACUCCUUCGCUCCCUCCUUAUGGCAUUCCUUCAGUUUCUCCCGGGUUGCCGGAAGUGAAACCAACCGGUGGAAUCCCACCCGUGUGCAGCUUCCCCACUGAGGAUAUCCCUGAUGGCACACCCGCCGAACUACCCGACGUGGAUGGCCUGGAUUCAGGCCUGCUUGCACAGCUUCUGCCCGGCGUUAUCUCUAUCAUCAACGGUCUGGGUUUGGGUGGCCUCGCCCCUGGCCUCCUCGGCCUCCUCAACCUCAAUAUUGUCACGAACAGCCUUGAAAUUGUGGACCUCGACGGCCUGCUUGGUGGUCUGCCAAUUCCCGAGAUCAGUGGCCUGAGCGUUAACCAAGUCACCAAGAUUGUCACUGGUCUGUUGACCAUCGUCAAAGUGCUCAAGCUCGACGAGAUCACAUCGUCUGGUGUUUUGCCACAGGUCGAGGGUAUCACCCCCGAGCUCCUCCAGGCCAUCCUCAACUUCGUCACUGCUCUCGUAGGCAAGCUGGGGCUCCAGUCAGUGUUCACAACCCUUCAUGUCGCUGCCACCAACGAUGUUCCAGACUUGUUGGUUGCGGGCGGCCUUCUCGCUCAGCUCGGCCCUGUGGUCGCUGGCCUCCUGAACAUUCUUGGCCUUGGUGCCCUCGCUCCUCUCCUUGUCACCCUGCUUAACUCUCUGAGCGCUGCUCUUUACAUGGGGAGAAUGCCUAAAUUAGCCGAAGCCGUCGUGGGGAACUGGACGAACGCGCCUCGCCUUUAUGAACUGUCCCAUUUUUGCGUGACCUGA